AUUUUUUUCCAGAUAGGCAUGUUGUCAAUCGUUGUGCCACCAGACUUUAUCCCCGAAGAAACAUCGAGCGACGUGAUGGUGCGCGAGGGUGGACAGGUGAAGUUAACGUGCCGUGCAAGAGGCGUGCCCCCGCCCCGCGUAUCGUGGCGCAGAGAAGACGGGAAGAACAUUAUAAUUCGGAAGCCAUUUGCAGGAAGCGGCCUGAACCAGAAGUCUCAUGUGACUCUGGUGGGCGAGUACGACGGCGAGGAGCUGAAUCUGACGAAGAUCUCAAGGAACGAGAUGGGAGUUUAUCUCUGUAUCGCGAGCAACGGCGUGCCACCGGGAGUCAGCAAACGCAUUUUUAUCAAUGUUCAUUUCCCGCCGGUAAUUCAUGUACCUAAUCAACUGGUAGGAGCCCCACUGGGCACCGACGUGGUCCUGGAAUGUUUUGUCGAGGCUUCGCCCAAGUCGAUUAAUUAUUGGGUCAAGGAUAACGCGAUGAUCAUAUCCAGCCAACAGCACGACGUACAGGCGAUCGUGAAAUCGCAGUUCGAGGUGCGAAUGGUGUUGACCAUUCGCAAUUUGCAAAAACACGACGUGGGAACUUAUAAAUGCGUGGCCAAGAAUUCUCUUGGUGAUGUCGAGAGCAGUAUUCGACUGUACGACAUCCCGGGUCCGGCGAAAACGCAAACGGCUGCCCGACCAUUCUUCUACGACGAGGAAGACGAACCCGUUUAUGGCUCGGCAGAGAUAGAGAAAAUGGAUAACAAGGCUCUGUCCGUGGACAACGCGAUCAACGGACACGUGGGAUAUCCAUCGGUCGCGACUCCAGUUCCGACCACAAGGGUCGGUAAGAAACGACCGACGAUCAACGCGAGUUCCAACGCGGAUCGUCUUAUGGCUUCCAAUCUCCUGGCAGUGAUUCCGAUGCUGUUCAUCGCCCGUCAAAGAUGUCAGUGAACGAAACGGACGCACAAAGGUUUGGAAAAUCUGUUAUAUACAAUAUAUUGAAAUCGUAUAUAAGAAAAAAUGUCAGACGCGUUGAAGCGCUUCAUUUCGUGACGAAGAAGUAUCAGUUUCCUGGAGCGGCUUAUCUCAAAACAUACGUUUAAUCGUGGAAGUAAAACGAAUUCGAGCGUGAAUGAUUAAAGGAUUGAAUUAAGAAACAGGCUAUGUCUGCUCCAAAUGAUACAAUAUGCAUACACGAUGUUACAAUCUAAUCUCAGAAGAUCUCAAGAUUUUUAUAGUGUCCCCAACAACUAUAAAUGUGAUACUUUAUAUCUCGUUUGUACCUACAAGUUAUCAUUCAUUUUCUAAUAAUUACGGUUCUUUUAGCAUACCAGCUCUCAAUCAAUCCUUGUCAUUCUAUAAAAUCACACAACCAAUAAAAGUAUAAGCGAAGAAUGAAACCAUUCAACGUUGGACAUAGGUGGAGAGCCAAAAAAGUCUCGGAAAUGACAGACUAAUUUUUUAAUAUCUGAUUACAGUAGUGUUUUACAUCAAGAAUGGUCAAUAUGUUGGUUGCAAGGCAAUUUUGUAUCUAUUAUAUCCCGCAUUGAUAUUUAUUACUACACAAGAUCAUGUCUGAAUGUGUUGAAUGCUUGAAUUAUUGGCAACUAAGUUCUCGCCGUUUUUUCAAAGUUAAAAGUUUAUUUUUCCAUAAAAAUGAACAAAUAAUUAAUCAAUAAUGUAUUUUCCCUUGUUGUUUACAACUUCUUCUUGAUGUUCAACAAGAUUUUCAAUACCUCGUUGAUAGAAAUCACCCGGUUUUGACUCGAAAAAUUCGUUCAACCAAGCUCUCAAUUCUGCAUCAGUAUUGAACUAUACUCCGCAUCUCUUUUUGAACUUUGCAUACUAAUUACGAGCGGUUCUUUGGUCUUUUGUGGUCUUAGAACCUUGAUUAAAAACAAAAAGAAUGAGGUGUCGAAAAUGCUCAUUUUUCUCAACUUGACAUUCCAUUUCAAUGAUCUAAAAAUUAACAUAAAUUAACUCGAACAAAAAACAGAUUCCGGUAGAACAAAACAUCCUCUUUCGAACGAUUUGAAACACUAUGCCAAAAACAUUGCAGAAUGUUAAAAUUAAUAAAAACGGCGGGAACUUAGUUGCCAACCUAAUAGAUUGCUAUAUAUUUUUAAGAAAAAUGGUCAAUCACACAUAUAUACAUUAAAGUUGGCCACCCCUGAUGUAUAUCACUAGUAUGAACAAAUAUAAAAAAAUUAAUCCUUGUAAUUUCGAGCACUUUUUGAACUCCGAAUUCAGAAUAUGGAAUCAACAGUUCGACGAGGAA